AACACACACACGCCCACGCAGACUCACGCGCACACAUCUGAGCAGACAGGAGGAGGAGAAGGCGGAUCUGUGAGUAGAACCAGGACUUCCUCGGAGGAGAGCCAAACGCAAUCAUGGAGGAUCCUGCUCCACGCCCUGGACAUUCUUCCUUUGUGUGGCUGGUGGGAGCGUCACAGAUAGUCGGUUUGGCGUCGGUGGUGCUGACUGGCGUGUGGAUGGGUCACUACAGAGGGGGCUUCGCCUGGGACGGCACGGCGCAGGAGUUCAACCUGCACCCGCUGUGUAUGGUGUUAGGACUGGUCUUUCUGCAGGGGGACGCCAUCCUGGUCUACAGGAUAUUUAAACAUGAGCCGAAGAGGAACGUGAAGGUGCUUCACGGCGUCAUCCACCUGCUGGCCCUCAUCAUCAGCAUCGUAGGGUUUGUAGCGGUGUUUGACUUCCACAGAACUGCAAAGAUUCCUGACAUGUACUCUCUGCACAGCUGGUGUGGGAUGGCCACGCUCGUCUUAUUCUGCAUACAGUGGGUGAUGGGGUUGGUGUUCUUCCUGUUUCCUGUUGCAUCGGCGUGGUUGAGAGCGGCGUACCUCCCCGUCCACGUCUUCUGUGGUCUGGUUCUGCUGGUCAUGGCCAUCGGGAGCAGCCUGCUGGGAAUCACGGAGAAACUCCUCUUUAGUAUCAUGCCGACCUACUCCAAGUUCGUCUCAGAGGGAAUCCUGGCGAACACCUUGGGGAUCCUGCUGAUGUUCUUCGGCGUGCUGCUCGGCUACCUGAUCACCAGAGAGGAGUACAGACGUCCGCCAAACCCAGAGGAAGAAGCUUUGUCUGUCCACUUCAAGACCCUGACAGAGGGGGGGUCACCGACCACGCCGUGACCUCACAGAGAUGCACGCUGACUCCAAACUCGUAUUUAUACAAGCUGUUUCCUGCCAACAAUCUACCUGUGCUCCCGGUCUUUGUUAUACGUAGAUCAUUAGAAUUAUUAGCCUAGAUUCAGAUGGAUCAGUUGAUACUGGAGGUUUGGAGCCAACAUGGAUUAAACUGGCAAAGGGCCUCAUUCACCAACCUAAGCUUUUUCUUAAAUUUGUUCUCGAAGAAGCCUCCGUGACACGUUCGAAAACUGCCUUGAAUGCAGGGGUGCGUGUAAGCUUAAAACACAUGCACAUUUCUGCAAAGUAGCUCAGAGAAACGCCCCUUUUAUGCCCAUAUAAGGUCAUGAGACUGCAGGGCAGUGUGCAAGCACAGAAAGCACACUUGAGCGAGAGAAGAAGAAGCAAAAUAUUAGUAACGUAUGAAUUACACUAAAGCAGUGGUUCUCAACUGCUUUAGCCUCGGGACCCACCAAUAUCUUUGAUGGCUAAUCAGGACACAAAUUUCCAUAAAAUUUCAACAAUGCACGUUUAAAUAAAUAAAAUGUUACACUUAGGAUCUUGGAUAGAACAGGAUUAAUGACAGGAACAAGAGACAGGACAAAAUUCAUGUUUUACACCCACCUUUACCCAUGAUAACUGUAAAUUUCAGCCAGUUUUCCAGAGAUCUUGUGAAAUUACUUUAUUGACAUGGUAAAAGUGGCUCUUUUAUUGCAGGAAAAGGAGAUAAAUAUGUUGAAAUAUCUAUAAAACAUUUAAAUUUACCCAUUAUCACAAUAAAACAAAGUAAAAUAAAUAGUACGGCUGCAUUUUCUUCAAAGACUUUUGACACUAUUUUUUUCCAGACACACAUUUGUGACCUGCCAAAAACUGCUCCGCGACCCACUUUUGGGUCCCAACCCACCAGUUGAGAAACACUGCACUAAAGUGCAAAAAAAAAAGAAAAAAAAAAGAAAAUUCCAGUUCUAAAAAAAUGUAGUGCUGCUUCAGAUGACGCCAGAAAGAACGUGUUUUUUUUUUUAUACGCACGUGCGAUUGAGUGUCUCGUACAUGUGCUUUAUUAUCUCGCACAUGCAUUUUAUUUGUAUCUCAUACGUGCGAUUUCUCAGUAUCUUGCACGUGAAUAAAAUGCAUGUGCGAGAUACUGAGAAAUCAAACAUUCGAGAUCCGAAUAAAACGCACGUGUGAGGAAAUAAGUCACGUAGGAGAUACUAAAUUGGACGUGUGUAUUAAAAAAAACCACGUUCGUGUCACCUCCUGGGCUCUGUGCAAACCAGCAUGUAAAGAUAGGAUUUUAUUGUUUUAAAUAAGUGUCUUAACGAUAAAACUCUGACACGUGAUAAAUAUAUAUUCAUUUUUUAACAUUUUGCAGCUAAGAUAAAAAACUACAUGUUUGAAUUAAAAUCUGAACCAUAUUUAAAGGCUAAUUAUGUAAAAGUUCCACCACCAGGGGGCUCUAAACCAAAACAAUGACACCAUAUGAUGAGUGUAGACCAGCUCUGCCAGUCUCUGCUGUUGAUGUCUUGUUUUGAAUCGAGGAUUUGUCAAUAAAAAAUGCUUCUAAUAAGGCGUAUUAUCUAAACAGAAAACUAAUGUUUUGUUUUCAUUCAAAAAUUUCUCAUAAUGAGGGAGAAAUGCAGUGAAAAAGGCACUUCCGUAUUCACGCUGGAAGCGGUCCCAGAAUGUGCAUGUGCUCUGGCACCACUUCCACCGUGAAUGUGGAAGUGCAUUUUUAGUGUGGUUGUUCCUCAUCAUGAGAAAUACGUGAAUGGUUGGUUUUCUUAAAGGAUGUUCUCAGGCCGCUGUUUCCCAAUACCGCUAAAUGCCCGUUUAAACUCUAUAACAAGACACGCCUCUGUACAAUUAUUAAAAUUAAAAAUGUACCUGUCUUUGAAAACACUAGGAAAUACCUGGAAUAUGGUAAAUCCUCAAUUAGGAAAAAAAAAUGGUAGGAAUGGUCACUUUUCGAUUACUAUAGAUGUUACAGUGUAAAAAAGCUACGUACUGCAUCUUGAGGUCAUAUAUUUGCAUAUUAUUUAAUUUUAUAAAAGUGUUAAAUUGAUAAAAAUUCAUUAAAAUAAAUUUAAAGAUUGUAUUUUAUUGUGUCAGUUUUAAUCUGGCACAUUUGAGAUCUGAUGAGUGUUGAAUUAAAUAUUUUAUCCUGUCAUAUCAGCACUCAGAUGUUUGUCAGAAUCCUCUAGAUUUUGUUCUUAGCUGAGAAUAAAAUCCCAGAUAAGAAAACUCUAACUUCUAAAGAGCAGUUGGUGAAUGAGGCCCAGAGAUUUUAAAGUUGAAGUUGUGUAGUUUGAUUUUUAGGGGGGUGGUUUUGUCUCCUACAGCUCACCUGUUGAGGUGAAGUUGAUGCAGAAAUCCUCAGUGCUUAUUUCUGCUGCUGUUGUUGUGAUUACUCUGAUAUUUAUUUUGAGCAUCUUUUUCGUCAGGUAUAUUUUUCUGUUGAGAAUGUUUGAUUGGAUUUUACACUUGCUGGUUUUGUAUUUAAGGUUAAGGUUUUAGUUAUUGUGAGAUGACGUCUUUUAUUGACACAUCCUGUUUGGAAUCAUCCCAGCUGGAAUUAGGAAGGAUCCGCCUGAUGACAAACGUGGAUUCUGGAUUAUCCAUCAGCUUUUCAAGGUUUGCAGAAUCCUCAUUAAACAAACAUGCAAAGCUCUACAGCCAACUUCUCCCAUAACUGUUUUAAAUGUCAGUCACACUAGUUUUUUUUUAUUUUAUUUUAUUCUCACUCUAAAUUGCACUCUAAUAAAGUCUGCCUUUUAUUAUCACAGUAUGUCUCUGUGCAGCCAUAUCACUCCAGCCUGUCCUCUAAAUACUGCUCAUGAGAAUGUACUCCAUCUGUUUGUAUUUAAUGGUCUGUGAGACAGAAGAUACUGCUUUACUGUGUAUUCACAUGAAUGUAAAGUUUAAAUCCUUGGUGCAUUUUAACUUAAAGCUUCUACAUUUUGUCUUAAAUGAGUGGAACCAAAAUGAAACAUGUAGCUACAGUUCAGUUACUCGACUCCAGGAAUCAGCACGUGUGCCAAACCCAGAGAAAGCUUUGACUGGACACUGGAACAUGUAUGUCACUGAAUGUUGUUUGUUUUUGUCAGAGUUACUUGUCAAAGGAAGUCCUCAUCGUGACGGGACUAUCAGAAAUAAAUGAAACUGCACUCAA